UAAAUCCCUACUGCACAGACUCAAAGCCUCAAACUGGGAGGUGGCCACAUCGCAUCUAUUGUAUCCCUUGGCCAGUGUGUUUCUGUACUUUGCUCCAGACAAGAAAUAGAGGGUGAAAAGCAUGGCAGAUGAACAAGAAAUCAUGUGCAAAUUGGAAAGCAUUAAAGAGAUCAGGAACAAAACUCUGCAGAUGGAGAAGAUCAAGGCUCGACUGAAGGCUGAAUUUGAGGCACUUGAGUCAGAGGAACGGCACCUGAAAGAAUACAAGCAGGAGAUGGACCUCCUGUUACAGGAGAAGAUGGCCCAUGUGGAGGAACUCCGACUUAUCCACGCUGACAUCAAUGUGAUGGAAAACACCAUUAAACAGUCUGAAAAUGACCUUAACAAGCUGCUAGAGUCUACAAGGCGACUGCAUGAGGAGUAUAAGCCUCUGAAGGAACAUGUGGAUGCUCUACGUAUGACUUUGGGCUUGCAGAGGCUUCCUGACUUGUGUGAAGAGGAGGAGAAGCUCUCUUUGGAUUACUUUGAGAAACAGAAAGCAGAAUGGCAGACGGAGCCUCAGGAGCCCCCUAUCCCUGAGUCCUUGGCUGCUGCAGCUGCUGCUGCCCAACAACUCCAAGUGGCUAGAAAGCAGGACACUCGACAGACAGCCACCUUCAGGCAGCAGCCUCCACCUAUGAAGGCCUGUUUGUCAUGCCACCAGCAAAUUCACCGGAAUGCACCCAUAUGCCCUCUGUGCAAAGCCAAAAGUCGGUCCCGGAACCCCAAGAAGCCCAAACGGAAGCAGGAUGAAUGAAGAAAGGGGGAACACAUGGAACUCUUCUGUUCUGCCCCAUUGGCCAGAAUGAUUGAUGUCUUGAUGUGAAAAAAAUCCUUCCCAACCCUUCCCAAGUCUCCUAUUUAAUGUGACAAAAGCACAAUUCCGCUUUCCCUUUGCUCUACUUUAUUUCUACAUUUGGCAUUUCUAGUUUAGGAAGAGUUCAGGUGCUGAUAACUAUGUCUGAUGAUCUUUUCUUUACCACCAACAUUUCAGCCCCUUGUUUGGAGCUAAGGAAAGAGCAAAAGACCCACAUGUGCAUAUCUGUCACAUGUAUUUGAGACCUGAAGCUUAAGAGAUGUGGGGUCUGAGGACUGGGGACAGCCAAUACAUUGUCUCAACAUAAAGCUUAUGUUUUCCUUCACUAUAUCUUUGCCUGAGGCUCUGAAAGAAGAACAAUCUCACUAGACUUUCAAACAGGCUUAGUGUAUAUAUCUCCCUCAUCUCUUGAUCCUUAAGGCCCAGAGGUAGCUUAGACAAACCUUUCUAAUAGCUCCCCCUAUUCAAGUGUCCCAGGUUUACUAAAGUUCUUCACGUAGUAGGUUGUGUGUCUGGGGAUCCUGACAUCCAUAGAACUUUUCCCCAUACUUCUAAUCUUUACUAAUCUGUAAAAGUUUUCCACAGAGAAAUUAAGGAGCUGGACUUACUCUAUCAAUACUACCUAGCUCAUUGCCUAUGACACUGCUAUUGAGGGCUCUCGUAUAGGGGCUUCCUUAUAUUAAAAGGGACUCCAGGCUGAUAUCAGUGUGCUCAGUAGUUUAAAAAUCCCUCAAGCUUCCCAAGAUUUGCAGAUCUCUUCUCCACUAAAGCUUGGUCUCCUAGUCAAGUCAUUAUUGGACUUAAAGGAUGAGAAAUGGGACAUGCUGACUGAAAAAUUUGUCCCAACUCUUGGCCCCAGGCUUGGGCAGGGAAAUAUUUUUCCUUCUUUACUUAAUUGUAGUUUUAUGUUGCCACAGUAUAUGUGUUCAUAAUUUAAAAGGUUCCUCUGCUUUCUGAAAUUAAAAGUGUUAUGUCUGUACAAACCUUUUUAAAUAAACAUUUGUUUAUUAGAGUAA